GAUCAACUAUCCAUGGAAAACGGUAUUGAUGAAAAUGGUAACAGUGAUGGAAGGCUCAACAAGUAUGCCUUUGCCUCUGUCAUGGCUGCCUCUAUCAUAUCUGUAGUAUUUGGUUAUGUUAUUGCAGUGAUGUCUGGAGUACUGGUAUUCAUAAAGGAAGAUCUUGGAAUCAAUGACUUGCAGGUGCAGCUACUAGCAGGGAUGUUACAUGCAUGUGCAUUACCUGGAUGCAUGGCUGCUGGAAGAACAUCUGAUUACAAAGGUCGUCGCAUGACCAUCAUUCUAUCAUGCAUCAUCUUCUCAUUGGGCUCCAUUCUAAUGGCCUAUGGUCCAUCCUAUCUCAUUGUAAUGAUUGGAAAUUGCAUUCUAGGAGUUGCAGUGGGUUUUUCUCUCAUUAUUGCACCACUUUAUAGUGCAGAGAUUUCACCUCCUUCUUACCGAGGCUUUCUCACCUCUCUCCCAGAACUUUCCAUCAACAUAGGACUCUUGUUUGGCUAUGUCUCAAACUUCGUCUUUGAAAAACUGUCCCUCAAACUUGGAUGGAGAAUCAUGGUGGUCAUUCCUCUUCUUCCUUCACUUUGCCUAAUCAUUCUCAUGUUGAAGUUGGUGGAGUCUCCAAGGUGGUUGGUCAUGCAAGGACGUGUAGGUGAUGCCAGAAAAGUGCUUUUAGUAAUCUCUAAUACAAGGGAAGAAGCUGAACAACGCUUGAAGGAAAUAAAAGGUGAUGUUGGAAUUGAUGAAAAAUGCACCCAAGACAUUGUGGAGGUUCCAAAGAAAACUCGCAGUGGUGCAGGAGCUCUUAAGGAACUGUUUUGUAAACCUUCACCACCAGUGCGUAGGAUACUGAUUGCAGCAAUUGGAGUUCAUGGAUUCCUUCAGCUCGGAGGAAUAGGAGCUAUUUUAUUGUAUGGUCCUAGAAUCUUUGAGAGAACAGGAAUCACUGACAAGAGCAAGCUCAUGCUAACCACAGUGGGUAUUGGAGCCACUAAAGUUAUAUUUUCAUUCAUAUCAAUUUUCUUUUUGGAUAAAGUUGGGAGAAGGGUUCUCUUUGUGGUUAGUGCAGGAGGAAUGGUUGUGAGCUUCUUAGGGUUGGGGAUUUGCUUUACCAUAAUGGAGUACUCCAGUGAAAAUGCAGUGUGGUCAAUAAGCUUCACCAUUGUUGUUAUCUACCUCCUUGUGGCUUUUAUGACAAUUGGAAUUGGACCAGCAACAUGGGUUUAUAGUGCAGAGAUUUUGCCCUUGAGGUUUAGGGCACAAGGUCUCGCUGUGUGUGUGACAGUGAACAGAAUCACAAAUGUCAUAGUGCUUACAAGUUUCAUUUCAGUGUACAAAAAGAUAACAAUGGGUGGAACCUUCUUUUUGUUUGUUGCUAUCAAUGUUUUGGCUUUCUGGUUCUACUGUACUUUGCCUGAAACUAAAGGAAGAUCAUUGGAAGAUAUGGAGACUGUCUUUGGAAAAAAAUCACAGUCGGAGAUACAAAUGAAGCCCCAUAGCAACGAAUGA